AUGGGAAAAGCUGAAGAAAUCGAAGCGGAAAAGAAAUUGUGGGAAUCAGAUGAAGCUUGGGAAUUAAGAAAAACUUUUAUGGAAGCGCAUUAUGAUGAUUAUUCGAAGUUAGUUUUCGGAGUGAAAAUAGGCUGAAAAUCAUUAUUUUUGGGUUACAAUUAGCUCAGGCCUACAAUUAUCGUAAUAUCAAAAGUUUAUUUUCAACUAAUUCCUAGUUCAAAAAAUUGAUAUUUGAAAAUAAGUUUGAAAUAAAAAAUUUUUAAUGUAAAUUAUACAUAACAUAACAAUUAACUAUCAAGAAAAAAUUGGUCAAAAAUCAAAUCUUUCUUUCACAGUUUGCCUAGAUUCUUAAUUUUCAAAAUCGAAAACUUUGAGCAUUUUUUUGUUUUUUUUGAAACAAAAUGUUUACUUGAAGUUAUACGUUUUAGAAUUUUAUGUUUCUCAAAUAUUAAUCGAUCAAAUUCGGUAUCAUUAUAAAACGAAUUCCCCCAUACUACUAAUAAAUAUUUCUAUUCUCAAUGUAUACUAUUUUCAUUUUUUUCUUUUUUUGCAGAAUCCAACUUCAAUGCCUCUCUCAAUUAUUCAUAAAUGUCACAAUUCUUGGAUGUGAAUAUUCGGAAUCUCUGAUGGAAAAAAUCCACGAAAUGGGACGUGGGAUUUCGGCGAAAAUGGAUCGAAAAAAAGCGGGUGGAAGUUAUGUGAAAGCAUCGACUGCUAAAAAACGACAAGCUGUUAAAAUGGAUGAUAUUCAAGAGAAAGAUGGAUCGAAAAAGAGGUACUGUAGGGAAUUUUUUGACCUGCAAAAUAUUGCGUCAAAAUGAGACCAAAUGGAGCUAAGGGUACUGUAUUUCCACGUGGAUUUGUUGGCCCCAGAAAAUGUUGAAAAAAAUCCACCCAUUAGUUUAUGAAGCAAAUCAUUUGUGUUGAUUUUUCGAAACCCAAAAAUCUGAAAUUGUUCUUCUCACAAUUACAUUCUGAUUUCCAACUCAAAACGUCACCAAUAAUCGCGUAUUUUUUGCAGCAAAGAAGAGCCAUUGGACAACGAGGCAUUCAAUCAACGACUUUUGGCUUUAAAAAAUGCAUUGGGUCUCACACCGAAACAUUUAAGCGCUGAACAAAUGUUGAAAACCGCAAUGACAAGUUGUUUAUUGAGAUGGAAUGUGAAAAAAGUGAAUACUAGAGUUGAUAUAACUAUUGAUCGAUUUUUGAUUUUGACACACACGUACGUCAUAGUUUUUUGGGAGAUUUUGAAGCUUUUGGUGUGAAAAUAUUUUGAAAAAUGUGCUUUUUCUUUUAGAUUCUCUCAAUAUUGUGUUGAUUCUGAACAGUUGGCUGUGAAUUCUCUCGUCGAAAGUUUUCUUUCAACAACUCCACGAUUGAAUGAAGCCGCAACUGAGAUCGAAUUCGAUGAAAAACCGGCGAAUUUGGCAUAUGCGAUUUCAAUGAGUAGAAGUUUGGCGAAAUUGAAACCGAGUGUUACGGCGGAUCGAAGUGUUAAAGGUGAACAUUUUGGGAUUUCUAGGGUGAAAUUUGUGAUUUUUGGAGUGGGAAAUGGCAUAGAAUUCUAAUUUAUGAUGUGAAAAAUCAACAAAUAGUUUUCUUAUUUUUCAGGCCUUACACAAGCCCUCGAAGCUGUUAAUUUAUCUCUUAUCCAAAACACUCGAAAACUCGAAGGUUGGUCUCAACAAUUCGAUCUCGUAGCUGGUGAUAUUUUAUUGGCCACUCGCCAACUCGGCGCUGAUCAAUGUGCCAAACCAGCAAUGGCAAAAGUUGCCGAAGAAAUGGCUGCUGAAAUUGCGCUGAAAAUUGUGCACGGUAAAUCUCUGGAUAAUUCGGGCGAAAAUGCGUACAGUUCACUGAGAUUUUCGGCGUAA